AUGGUGGAGAUGCAACCCAGUUUUGAGAAUUCGAGCAACACCCUGCCCUCUCCCCCCCUCUCCCCGUCCCCCCCCCCCCUCUCCCCGUUCCCCCCCCCCCCCUCUCCCCGUCCCCCCCCCCCCCCCCCCCCCCCCCUCCCCCUCCCCGUCCCCCCCCCCCUCCCCGCCCCCCCCCCCUCUCCCCGUCCCCCCCCCCCCUCCCCGUCCCCCCCCCCCUCUCCCCGUCCCCCCCCCCCUCCCCGUCCCCCCCCCCCUCUCCCCGUCCCCCCCCCUCCCCUCCCCCGUCCCCCCCCCCCUCUCCCCGUCCCCCCCCCCCCCCCCUCUCCCCGUCCCCCCCCCCUCUCCCCGUUCCCCCCCCCUCCCCCCGUUCCCCCCCCCCUCUCCCCGUCCCCCCCCCCUCUCCCCGUCCCCCCCCCCCCUCUCCCCGUCCCCCCCCCCCCUCCCCGUCCCCCCCCCCUCUCCCCGUCCCCCCCCCCUCUCCCCGUCCCCCCCCCCUCUCCCCGUCCCCCCCCCCCCUCCCCCUCCCCCCCCCCCCCCCUCUCCCCGUCCCCCCCCCCUCUCCCCGUUCCCCCCCCCCCCUCCCCGUUCCCCCCCCCCCCUCUCCCCGUCCCCCCCCCCCUCUCCCCGUUCCCCCCCCCCUCUCCCCGUUCCCCCCCCCCCCCCUCCCCCGUCCCCCCCCUCUCCCCGUCCCCCCCCCCCUCUCCCGUCCCCCCCCCCUCUCCCUUCCCCCCCCCCCCUCUCCCCGUUCCCCCCCCCUCUCCCCGUCCCCCCCCCCUCUCCCCGUCCCCCCCCCCCUCUCCCCGUCCCCCCUCCCCCCCCCCCCCCUCCUCCCCGUUCCCCCCCCCCUCUCCCCGUUCCCCCCCCCCUCCCCCCCCCCUCCCCCCCCCCCCCCCCUCUCCCCGUCCCCCCCCUUCUCCCCGUCCCCCCCCCCUCUCCCCGUUCCCCCCCCCCUCUCCCCGUCCCCCCCCCCUCUCCCCGUCCCCCCCCCCCCCUCUCCCCGUCCCCCCCCCCCUCUCCCCGUCCCCCCCCCCCUCUCCCCGUCCCCCCCCCCCCUCCCCGUCCCCCCCCCCUCCCCUCUCCCCGUUCCCCCCCCCCCCUCCCCGUUCCCCCCCCCCCCCCCUCCCCGUUCCCCCCCCCCUCUCCCCGUCCCCCCCCCCCUCUCCCCGUUCCCCCCCCCCCCCUCCCCGUUCCCCCCCCCCCCCUCCCCGUUCCCCCCCCCCUCUCCCCGUCCCCCCCCCCUCUCCCCGUCCCCCCCCCCCCUCCCCCGUCCCCCCCCCCUCUCCCCGUUCCCCCCCCCCUCCCCUCCCCCCCCCCCCCCCUCUCCCCGUCCCCCCCCCCCUCUCCCCGUCCCCCCCCCUCUCCCCCGUCCCCCCCCCCUCUCCCCGUCCCCCCCCCCUCUCCCCGUCCCCCCCCCCCUCUCCCCGUUCCCCCCCCCUCCCGUUCCCCCCCCCCCCCCCCCCUCUCCCCGUUCCCCCCCCCCUCUCCCCGUUCCCCCCCCCCUCUCCCCGUUCCCCCCCCCCUCUCUCCCCCCCCCCCCCUCUCUCCGUCCCCCCCCACCUCUCCCCGUCCCCCCCCCCCUCUCCCCGUUCCCCCCCCCCCCCCCCCCCCUCCUCCCCGUCCCCCCCCCCGCUCUCCCCGCUUCACCCCGUUCCCCCUUUUACUCAGCAUCCAAGCAUACACGCUCACCUUGAGAUCAAAGUAGCUUUAAGCAUCAACUCCGAACUCUCCACCUCUCCCCAGCAUCCAUGCCUAACGCUGUAUGUACUCUUCCUUCUCUCUCUCCUCCCCUUCUCUCUUCUCUCUCUCCUCCCCUUCUCUCUCUCCUCCCCUUCUCCCUCUCUCUCUCUCCUCCCCUUCUCUCUCUCCUCCCCUUCUCUUUCUCCUCCCCUUCUCUCUCUCCUCCCCUUCUCUCUCUCCUCCCCUUCUCUCUCUCCUCCCCUUCCUCACCACAGCUCCUCCCCUUCUCUCUCUCCUCCCCUUCCUCACCACAGCUCCUCCCUUCUCUCUCUCCUCCCCUUCCUCACCACAGCUCCUCCCCUUCUCUCUCUCCUCCCCUUCCUCACCACAGCUCCUCCCCUUCUCUCUCUCCUCCCCUUCCUCACCACAGCUCCUCCCCUUCUCUCUCUCCUCCCCUUCCUCACCACAGCUCCUCCCCUUCUCUCUCUUCCUUCCCCUUUGCCCUCCCCCCACAAAAGGUUCCCCAGCUCCCCUUGA